AUGAUUGGAUGCGGGCUUGCCGGAAUCCAAUUUGCACACGACGUGAAAACAAGACUGACCAAUUUCGAACUUGACCUAUAUGAGAAGAACCCGAAGGUUGGCGGCACUUGGGCAAGAGAGAUUAAUAACGUUACGAUUAGAUGCGCGUGUGAUGUUCCCUCUCAUACAUAUCAUUUCUCAUGGGAGACCAACCCGCGAUGGACAAAGUUCUAUUCCCCAUCAUCCGAAAUUCAACAAUAUCUUGAGCAUGUCACGGAAAAACAUGGGCUCCGCCAGUACAUGCAUUUUAAUCACAAAGUUGUUGAAGCAAGUUGGCAAGAAAGCUCGUCCACUUGGGCCUUGGUUAUUGAGGAUGGCACCGAUCUCAGUCAACCAAAGCUCAUUAAAAAAGAAUGUGACAUUUUUGUGUAUGGUGGAGGAGUCUUGAAUAACUGGAAGUGGCCAGAAAUCGAAGGACGCGAUGUUUUCAAGGGCAAGAUCAUGCACACAGCUGCUUGGGAUGAAUCGGUUGACCUGUCCGGGAAGAAAGUCGCCGUCAUUGGAAACAGUGCCAGCGCUGUGCAGUGUGUUCCUGCUAUACAACCGUCUGUUGAGAAGGUUUAUAAUUACAUGCGAACGGCUACAUGGAUGAUUCCGCAUAUUUUUUCUGACGGAAAAGUUCAGUCUGAAUUCCCACCUGAAGACGUGGAGCGCUUCGCCAGUGAUCCGCAGUACUAUUACGAGUACCGGAAAGAACUUGAGUUAAGACUAGCCAGUGGAUUCCGUGGACUCUUCAAUGGUAGUCCUUUCCGAAAAAUCCUUCGGGACAUGACGCUUGAACACAUGGAAAAGAUGGUCACCGAUAAGAAGCUCUUGGAUGUGUUGAUUCCAAAAUUUGAGAUUGGAUGUAGGCGCUUUUCGCCAGGUGAUCACUACCUCAAAGCUCUACAACAGCCCAACGUGGAGGUGAUUACUUCUCCCAUUGUACGCUUUAGCGAGCACGGUAUUGUCACGCAAGAUGGAGAGACUACUGAAGUCGACGUUAUCAUCUGUGCUACAGGUUUUGACACGACGUACAAGCCUCGAUUUCCCAUCAUCGGACGCGAUGGAUACAACCUUGACGAAAACUUUGGCAACCUAGACUUAACCGAAAGUUAUCUAGGCCUCUCUGUUGCGCGAUUCCCCAACUUCUUCGGCUUCUCAUUUCCAAACUUUCCGGUCCUCGGCUCAGCACCUCCUGGAUACGAGUUGGCAAGCGAUUACAUUCUGCGCGUCAUUGAUCGUAUCCAAACAGACAAGCUUAAAUCAGUCUGUAUCAAAGAGUCCUCGCAAACUGAGCUCAACAAAUGGGUGCAGUCAAAUGCAUUGAAGACAAUCUUCAGCGCCGAAUGUAAAUCUUGGUAUGGUAAAGUCGCGGUGCCAUGGCCAGGAACCCAUCUGCAUUAUGCUCAGGCUACCAAGGUUGUCAGAUGGGAAGAUUAUGAUCUCACUUUUGAAGAUCCAGAGCAAAGGUAUGCCAGCUUUGGUAAUGGUAUUUCGAGCGAUGGAAUUACGUCAGAAAACAUCCCAUGGUUGCACGCAUCGUAA